GAGAGAAGAGGGUGGAAAGUGGAUCCUGGCGGGCGGGAGGGAGGAAGGGAAGGGGCGGAGGCGGAGGGCAGAGUGUGGCUGAGCGUCCCGAGCCCAAGUCGCGGUCCCUUCGCGGAGCCCGCCCCUCCCGGGCCCAGAGCCGCCCUCCGGGCAGUCCCAAGCCACGACCUCCCCGCCCCCCACCCCGAUCCCGGACAGCCCCGGGACUCGGCUGCGAGCGCCGCGGGAGGGAUGGUGGCGGCGGUGCGCGGGUCAGCGCAGCCGCCAGCUUCUCCCGCCCGGCCGCGGGCGCUGUGAGCCGGGAAUGCGGCUGCGGCCCCCGGCCCUCGGCCCCAGCGCUCCGGCCCCGGCCCUGGGCCCCCGCGGAGCCCGCCGUCCGCGCCGCUGCUGAGGCCGGGCGCCCCCACCAUGCCGCGGGCCCCCGCGCCCCUGUACGCCUGCCUGCUCGGGCUCUGCUCGCUCGUGCCCAGCCUCCCAGGUCUCAACAUAUGCACUAGUGGAAGUGCCACCUCAUGUGAAGAAUGUCUGUUAAUCCAUCCAAAAUGUGCCUGGUGCUUUAAAGAGGACUUCGGUAGCCUGCGCUCCGUCAUCUCCCGCUGUGACUUGAAGGCAAACCUGGCCAGAAACGGCUGCGGGGGUGAGUUUGAGAGCCCCGCCAGCAGCACCCAGGUCUUGCGGAGCCUGCCUCUCAGCAGCAAGGGCUCCAGUCCCACCAGCUCAGAUGUCAUUCAGAUGACGCCACAGAAGAUUGCCCUGAACCUGCGGCCUGGUGACAAGACAACUUUCCAGCUGCAGGUUCGACAGGUAGAGGAUUAUCCUGUGGACCUGUACUACCUGAUGGACCUCUCCCUGUCCAUGAAGGACGACUUGGACAACAUCCGGAACCUGGGCACCAAGCUCGCUGAGGAGAUGAGGAAGCUCACCAGCAACUUCCGGUUGGGGUUCGGGUCUUUUGUAGACAAAAACAUCUCCCCUUUCUCCUACACAGCGCCGAGGUACCAGAACAAUCCAUGCAUCGGUUACAAGUUAUUCCCAAACUGCGUCCCAUCCUUUGGGUUCCGCCAUCUGCUGCCUCUUACAGACAGAGUGGACAGCUUCAACGAGGAGGUCCGCAAACAGCGGGUGUCCCGGAACCGCGACGCGCCCGAGGGGGGCUUUGACGCCGUUCUCCAGGCGGCUGUCUGCAAGGAGAAGAUUGGCUGGCGAAAGGAUGCUCUACAUUUGCUGGUGUUCACUACGGACGACGUGCCCCACAUUGCGCUGGACGGAAAACUGGGGGGCCUGGUGCAGCCGCAUGAUGGCCAGUGCCACCUGAAUGAGGCCAACGAGUACACUGUGUCCAAUCAGAUGGACUAUCCAUCCCUUGCCUUGCUUGGAGAGAAGUUAGCAGAGAACAAUAUCAACCUCAUCUUUGCGGUGACAAAAAGCCAUUAUAUGCUCUACAAGAAUUUCACAGCCCUGAUACCUGGAACGACAGUGGAGAUUUUACAUGGAGACUCCAAAAAUAUCAUUCAACUGAUUAUCAAUGCAUACAAUAGCAUCCGGUCAAAAGUGGAGGUGUCUGUCUGGGAUCAGCCUGAGGACCUUAAUCUCUUCUUCACUGCUACCUGCCAGGACGGUGUGUCCUACCCCGGCCAGAGGAAGUGUGAAGGCCUGAAGAUUGGGGACACAGCGUCCUUCGAGGUGUCGGCGGAGGCCCGCAGCUGCCCCAGCAGGCCCACAGAGCACACGUUCACCCUGCGGCCCGUAGGGUUCCGGGACAGCCUGGAGGUGGGGGUCACCUACAGCUGCCAGUGCGGCUGCAGCGCACGGCUGGAGUCCGACAGCACCCGGUGCAGUGGGAACGGGACCUACGUGUGCGGCCUGUGCGAGUGCAACCCCGGCCACCUGGGCACCCGCUGUGAGUGCCAGGAAGGGGAGAGCCAGACUGGGUACCAGAACCUCUGCCGGGAAGCCGAGGGCAAGCCCCUGUGCAGUGGGCGUGGGGAGUGCAGCUGCAACCAGUGCUCCUGCUUCGAGAGCGAGUUUGGGAAGAUCUACGGUUCUUUCUGCCAGUGUGACAACUUCUCCUGUGCCAGGAACAGAGGGGUCCUCUGCUCAGGCCAUGGCGAGUGUCACUGUGGAGAAUGCAAGUGCCAUGCAGGUUACAUUGGGGACAACUGUAACUGCUCGACAGACAUCAGCACAUGCUUGGCCAAAGAUGGCCAGAUGUGCAGCGACCGUGGGCACUGUGUGUGUGGGCAGUGCCAGUGCACAGAGCCAGGAGCCUUUGGAGAGACAUGUGAGAAGUGCCCGACCUGCCCAGAUGCUUGCAGCACCAAGAGAGACUGCGUCGAGUGCUUGCUGCUUCACUCGGGGGUCCCGGCUGAGAACCAGACCUGCCACAACCUGUGCAAGGAUGAGGUGGUCACAUGGGUGGACACCAUCGUGAAAGAUGACCAAGAGGCUGUGCUUUGUUUCUACAAAACCGCCAAGGACUGUGUCAUGAUGUUCACCUACGCGGAGCUCGCCAGCGGCAAGUCCAACCUGACCGUCCUCAGGGAGCCAGAGUGUGGAACUGCCCCCGAUGCCACAACCAUCCUCCUGGCCGUGGUGGGCAGUAUCCUCCUGAUUGGGAUUGCGCUCCUGGCCAUCUGGAAGCUACUUGUCACCAUCCAUGACCGGAGAGAGUUUGCAAAGUUCCAGAGCGAGCGGUCCAGGGCCCGCUAUGAGAUGGCUUCCAACCCUCUGUACAGAAAGCCCAUCUCCACACACACCGUGGAUUUCACCUUCAACAAGUUCAACAAAUCCUACAAUGGCACAGUGGACUGACAGCUCCUCAGAGGGCCAGAGGGGGCUGAUGAAAAGUCAGACUGAUUGGCCUUGGACAGCCGCUCAGCUGGAUCAUGGCCCCCUGGAGGGACAAGCACAGACAGCUUCCCGUGAACCUGGGCCGGGAGCCUACUCCCUGCACCGGAAGGUGGCCAGUGUGCUGCCCCGCUGCCAGGCCACAGCCACAACAGGCAGCCACCCCUCCAAGCCCAGGAAAAGGCCUGGGACCUUGGCGCUUUCAGCUUUCUGCACAACAGCAAGCUCACCGUCUCCAAGCACAGCUGGGGGCCUAGGCCACCUCUCCCUUCCGGGAGGGCUGAUCCUCCAGUCUGGCCAGAGGAGAAGGCUCUUGGGAGCAUUGGAGUGUGCAAAACCAACACACGCUCUGGCUUUUCUCGUGUUGAUCAUUUUUAUAUGAAAUAAAAAGAUCGUGCAUUUAUGGUAUAGUUCUCAUUGCCGCAAACUGUCUGCCUGAUCUAUCCUUGCACAGGGAUGUUGGUGGUGGGAUUAUCGAGAUGCCUCCUGAAGGCAUAGAGUUGCAAAUGUCAGUUUUCCAAUUCUGUCCAUGUUCGUUUAGUACUUUUGUAAUGAAAGGGGGAAAGUUUGGGAUUGAAAGUAAAGAUUAAAACCAAAAAA